AUGGCCAAGGCCACCUCUGUCCACGAGGCCGUCGAGCCGGCGGCCUCGCCCGACGCCGAGAAGCACGGCAUCUACACCACCACCUCGGCCGACAACGUGCCCUACGCCGACCAGAUCCCCCACGAGAUGAUGGAGACGCUCGCGCCCAACGGCGAGGCCGACUUUAUCCGCGCCAAGAUCAACGCCAUGUCCGAGGACGAGGCCCUCGCCAUCAUCCAGGAGUCGCUCGAGUUCCACUCGGACGACUGGAACUUUCCCGCCGACAUGCGCGAGCGCAUGCGGCGGUGCCUCGACGGGCCAAAGGUCUACGGCGAGUGGUACGAGCGCGACCUGCGCGUCGACGCCGUCAUGAUGAAGUACUCGUCGCCGUAUCCCGGCGUGCGCGCCGUCGCCAGCCCGCUCGACGACGAAAAGGUGCCCGUGGAGACUAUUCGUGCGUACUUUCUCGGCAUCGGCUGGGCGAUUAUCGGAACGUUCAUGGCGACGUUUUUUAAUAGCCGCUUCCCCGGCAUUGGUCUCGGUAGUGCGGUCAUUCAAAUCUUGCUGUUUCCCUGUGCCAAGGUCCUCGAAGCCAUCUUACCCGACUGGGGCUUCACAGCCUUUGGAACGCGACACUCGCUCAACCCAGGGCCUUGGACGUUUAAAGAGCAAAUGUUUUCAACAAUUACGUACAACAUUGCGAUUUACUCCACAAACGCCUACACCAUGAUCCUCGUCCAGCGCUCUCCCGUCUUCUACGGCCUCGAUUUCGUCGACUUUGGCUACCAGCUGCUGCUAACGCUCUUCAUCCAGCUCAUGGGCAUGGGCUUCGCGGGCUACCUCCGCCGCUUCAGCGUCUACCCCGUCAAGGCGCUGUGGCCCACGCUGCUGCCCAUCAUCGCCAUGAACAGGGCGCUGACCAAGCCGGAGCCAAGGGAAAACAUCAACGGCUGGACCAUUUCGCGGUACCGCUUCUUCUUCGUCUGCGCCGUCGGCAUGUUUCUCUACUACUGGAUCCCGGGGUACCUCUUCCAGGCGCUGUCCACCUUUAACUGGAUGACGUGGAUCGCGCCGGAGAACCUGACGCUCGCCAUUCUGACAGGCUCGCGCCUCGGCCUCGGCCUCUUCAACCCCAUCACGACCUUUGACUGGAACGUCGCGACGUCGUCGUACGCGGCGCUGUCGCAGCCCUUUUUCGCGACGUGCACCAUGUACAUCAGCGCCAUCUUUGGCGGCCUGGUCAUCCUGGGCAUCUACUACACCAACAUGUACAACACGGCCUACCUGCCCAUCAACUCGGCGGCCGCGUUCGCCAACGACGGAACCAUCUUUGACGUCAAGAAAGUCGUCGUCGACAACAAGCUCGACAACGCCAAGCUGCAGGCGUACUCGCUGCCCUUUUACUCGGCCGGCUACGUGCUGACCGUCGGCGCCAACUUUGCCUUUUACCCCGUCUACUUCUUCUACAUCAUGGUCAACCAGUGGAAGACCAUGUCCAAGGCCUACGUCGACUUUUACCGGGGCCUGCGCCACGGCAAGGGCAACUACGAGGACGCCAUGGACGUGCACAACCGCGAGAUGCGCAAGUACAAGGAGGUGCCCGACUGGUGGUUCCUCGCCAUCCUCGUCAUCACCAUUGCCCUCUCCAUCGUCUGGAUCGAAAUCUACCCGCUCGGCAUCCCCGUCUGGCUCAUCUUCCUGCUCAUCGCCAUCAACCUCGUCUUUGCCGUCCCGCUCUCCUUCCUGUCCGCCACCACGGGUACCAACCUCGGCCUCGGCGCCCUCAUCCAGAUCAUCACUGGCUACCUGCUGCCCAACAACCCCAACGCCUUCCUCUUCUCGCAGGCGCUCGGCUCCUGGGCGCUCGCCGGCUACGGCGACAACUACGUCCAGGACCAGAAGAUGGCGCACUACUGCAAGAUUGCGCCCCGCGCCGUCUUCCGCUCCCAGAUCGGCACCAUCAUCAUCACCUGCUUCGUCGCCGUCGGCACGCAGAAUUUCAUCCUCACCAGCGUGCCCGGGCUCUGCACCGAAAAGCAGCCCUCGCAGUUCACCUGCAUGGGCGACGGCCACCCCAUGUACGCCAGCUCCCUCAUGUGGGGGCUGCUCGGCUCCGAGCGCAUGUUUGGCUCCCUCUACCCGCUCUUCAAGUGGUGCUUCCUCAUGGGCUUCGGCAUCGCCAUGAUCUUCCUCGUCGCGCAGGGGCUGGGCCCCAAGUACCUGCCCCCCGUCCGGGAGAGCCUGCGCCGGAAGCUCCGCCCCAACACGUACGCGAUGCUCGACCGCACGCUGUUCCCCUUUGUGGCCUCGCUGCUCUGGCUGAACCCGGUCCUCAUCAUCCAGGGCAUCCAGCACUGGGCGCCGUCCAACCUGAGCUACAAGACGCCCGGCUUCAUCCUGUCGUACAUCUUCAUGUACUGGCUGCCGCGCCACCGCCUUGCCUGGUGGGCCAAGUACAACUACGUCCUCUCGGCGGCCCUGACGGCUGGCCUGGCUGUCAGCGCGCUCAUCAUGUUCUUUGCCAUUGGCUACCACCCGCAUGCUCUCAAGUGGUGGGGGAACACUGUGAGCGGUGCCGGUGUCGAUGGAAGCAACAAGGGCAUUUAUCCGCUUCCUUCGCGUGGAUAUUUCGGGCCCGAACGUGGCACGUUCCCUUGA